AUGACAUCACUUGAUCCUAGCUAUAUAUGGGAUAACUAUAAUCUAGAUGAAUUAAAUAAUCAAUUGGUAUUUGAAAAGGAAACAUUAUCAUUCACUUUAUUUAAUGUAAAUUUUGAUAAAAUCGAAAAAAUUCUUACCCACUUGAAAGAAUUUUUGGAUCCGUUUAUAGAACACUACCCAUGGUUCCAUUCGCCUCCCGUUUUCGAGCAAUAUAAGCAUAAUGAAAUAAGUUACAUAUACGGGGAGUUUAUAUAUCAAGACAGUUUGAAUGAUGAAUGGUUGUUGACUAAUCUUUUGUGGGAAUUUCUGACAUUUUAUCCAGAUUUAUAUAUCCACCUUUGGGACUCAUCAGACUUCGAAUUCAUAUUGGUAGAAAGUUCUGAUUUUAUACCAGCUUGGUUGGAACCAAAUAAUUCUCUAAACAGAGCUUGGAUAAAUGACAAAACUGUUCUAAUUAUUAAUCCAAACCAAGAGCUAAAUAACUUGACACUAGAAGAGGCUUUAGAUGAACUUCUCGAAGCGAAUUUCCAAAAGUAUCCAGCAAUUGCAAGUCACUUAAAUGAGAAAUUAUCUAAAAUAAAUGAUACAUUCUUGAUCGACAUAAUCUAUGAUCUUGAAAUUUCAUUACCAAGCCAAGUAUUACAAAUAUUUGCUGAAAAACCUUACUUAGUAUCUCAAUCAAUUAGUGAGUUCGUUAAGGAAUCCUUACCUCUCAAUCAGAAUUUAAAAUCAAUAAAGGAUGAUCUGUUAAUACCUACAAAAGUUGGGGUACCCUUUUUGAGUUUAAAUUUAAUGAAAUUCAAACAGUUGGAACUACAAACUACGAAUGCUAUGGAAUUCGAAUUUGGACUAUUAGCAUCCAAAAUAUUAACUGUGGGAAUAGAUAAUAUUAUGAGACUGAAUAAUUGCUUGCUGAAAAUUUCUGGUAAGCCAUCCAAUUUAUCGAGAAGCGUUAUUCAAGAUAAACUUAUAGAACAGGGAAGACUUACUCAUCAUAUUCCAGAAAAUACGGAAAUCUUUAAUCAGUUUGAGAAUAUGAGCGAAGCAGACGUGCCGACUGAAUUUAAUGAAUCUGCAUUAAUAGACAGAUUUAAUGACUUCUUCAAAGAUACAACUGCAGGAUUGGAUGGAAUUGAUAACACGAGUGAUGAUGAAGAAGCUGUAGAUAAACCAAAUUAUCAACACGAUAAGAGAAAAAUAGACGAUGAUGGAGAUAUUGAUGAGGACGACUUUUUUGAGUUUUUCUUAAAAGAUGCAUUGAAAUUAUCAGAUAAGGAUAUUGAAGGAUUUCGAAACAAUACUUCGCCUACAAAUUCAAAGAGAAAACUCAAGGAAUUUAAAGAAUAUAGUAAUGAUAGUGAUUACCAAACGGAUACAUCAACAGAAUAUGAUAAUGGCGAGGUAAAUGACGAAAGUGAUACUGAAGAUGACGGUGAAGAUGUAACUGAUGAUGAAAAUACUGACGAGGAAGAACGUUAUAUCAAACAGUUUUUACAAAAAUUAAACGGUAGUAAUGAUAUUGAUGGUUUGACGAAUUUAUUUAAAAGUAUUAAUACGGAUAUUGGACCUGGCUCAGUACUUUUACAACAGGGAAUAUCACGAAAACAGAAUAAACGGAAGGGAUAA